AUGACAGAAGUACACGUGAUCGGUUCAAUAUUGGGAGGUAGUGGCUUUCCAGAUGAAAGUUUAUUUUGCAAGUGGAAAAUACAUGCUGGUAGUGCAUGGCGUGUACUUCAAGGAGAUCAAGAAGGACAGACUCAGGUAGAUUCACCAUCACAUGAACCAACAGCGUAUUGGUGUCAUCCAAUCGAUCUCCAUUUUGCUACAAAAGGUCUUCAAGGCUGGCCAAAAAUUCAUCUACAAGUAUGGCAUCAAGAUUCCUAUGGUCGUAAUGAAUUGUAUAGUUAUGGAUUUUGUCAUAUUCCAGUAUCGCCUGGUCACCAUGAAUUAGACGUCGUUACUUGGCGACCAAAAGGUAGUCUGGCAGAAGAAUUGAAAACACAAUUUAUUGGUGGAAGUUCUCAGUUAAAGAAUCCAGAUCUUGUAUCAUCUAGCUCCGAAUUGUAUAAAUUAAGAACAAUAUCAAUGGGAAAAGUACAUUUACGUCUACAUGUUAUUGUAAGAAAUUUUGACAAAUAUGGUGUAGAGUUUUGA